UCAUUUUCAUAUUAACUGUGUAUUAAUACAACUCCUCUCUACGAUCAAUUUCCAUUCAACCCAAACAUUAAUGGCCAAUCCAACUAACCCCAAGUUUCCACUCUCUCUCUUCUUCAUUCUCACUGCUUUAUCAUAUUCCGACUCAUCAACAACAAUCCUCAACCAAGUGGCCGCCCCAAAUCCUCUUGACCAAGUCAAAACAAAUCUAUCUUUUUUCAUGCACAAUAUUCUCGGUGGGUCCCACCCAACUGCAAGAACGGUCACCGGAACCAUACCCAACAAGGCGGAGCCCACCGCCGGCCUCCCCUUCUCCAAACCCAGAAAAACCAUUUUCCCUAUCCCUGGUGGGGUCCCACUCGUAGCCGCCAACAGAAAUUCAAACGGCCGGGGAGGAAUAACAAACAAUAAUAACAAUAAUAACCAACCGUUUGUCACAGCCGGUCAGCUCCCUUCUGGUGCCGUCCUCCAGCAUGUCAUGUUUGGGUCGCUCACGACGAUCGACAACGAGUUGACGGAAGGUGAAGAGUUGGGAUCGGGUGUAAUGGGCAGAGGUCAAGGAUUCUACUUUAUUAGCUCAUUGGACGGUUCUAGCCAUACGGUAGCGUUGACCGUCAUCUUACACCGAUUCGACGAAGAUGAGGAGAAGAAGAACGAAGAUACAAUAAGCUUCUUUGGAGUACACAGGAGAGGGUCGAUGGAGUCGCCGAUUGCAGUGGUUGGUGGGACCGGGAAGUAUGAGAAUGCCAGUGGGUUUGCGGUGAUCGAGAACCUCCGGCGGAGGGAGAACCAAUACAUGACUGAUGGAGAUGAUACGAUUGUCCACUUUAGAGUUUAUCUCUCCCAAUAGUUUCUUUUUUUCUUUCUGUUCCAAUUUUGUUAUUUAACCAACUAUUUUUAUUUUUUACUAGGGAUAGGAAAUUAGGGGGACUAUGAAUAAAAGAAUAUUCCUUAACUUUAUAGUA